AUGUGGAUUCCGACCGCGAAAGAAUGGCCCUCUGCGUUGAUCGCGCGCCAGGACCCGCCGAAUAACAACGACGACAAGGACGAUGACGGGGACAAGGGUCCAGACUGGCGCGUCUUCACCGUCGUCGCAAUCAUGGUAGUACUUUUCGUCAUUAUCAUCGUCGGAAUUUACGCAAAACUUCGCAAACUGCGCACAAAGUCGCCCCGUCCGCCGAAGCUCCUGCCCGGCAACUUCCUCAAGCGCAAAUGGCAGCAAUGGAACCCUCGCACCAAGGGCAAAUACUCCGCCCAGCUUCAGGAGAACGACGGCCCCACACGCCGCCACCGCGCAAACUCAUCCAUCGCUCGUGAGAUGGAAGGAAUAGACUCAUCGACCACGCCUGCGAAUGACACCGCCGCAAAUGCCGCCGUCAACAGGAAUACUUCGGUCAGAAGCGUAAUGACCCUGCCUGCUUACUCGCCUGCUGCGCGAGAAAAUGAGAGGAUUCUGGGCCGAGAGGGAGAACGCGCCGGAAUCGACGUCGUUAUCGAGUUCCCCGAGACUAUGGAGGAAGAGGAGGAGGAAAGGGACCGCGAGAUGGAAUCGCUCUACCAGAUCCGUGUUGCGAGACGGCAGGAGCAAGCGGAGCGGGAGGACCGGAGACGCCGCCGGAGAGAAGCUCGGCAAAGAGGUGAUCUGGAGACCCUGGCACAACUGCGUAGAGAAAGUCGUCAGCGCCAAGAGAUGGGAGGGGGCCUGUCCGCAGCACUCAUUGCGGAGCACCAGUAUGCACAGGCAAAUCGCAACCAGCGCGUAUCCUCCGUUCAGUAUGCCGAACUGGGCGUUGCCCGCCAUGACGGCACCCGUGUCAGAGCAAACUCGGCUGAGUCAGAUCACCGCCCUUUGCUGGACUCCGCAGCAUCGAUUGGCGCCAGCCAGAUCAGUGGCGCCGCCGAGAACCGCGUGAUGCAUCACCGCGACUACUCGGCCACCUCGGUUUUGUCAGGUGCUUCUGACGACUUUGGCAACGCAGCGAGGAAUGCUAGCACCGUUAGCUUCGAGACGGUCCCGCUUGGACACGAUCGUUCCGCUUCCGGCUCGAGGUUGACCCUGGCUACUACCAACGGAAGCGACCUUGGAGAAGCAAGAAUACCGCCGCCAGAGCCCCCGAAUUAUGAAGAACUGGGAUGGGAAGAUGCUCCGCCGUACAGCAGCCCUGUAGACCCUCGAACCACUCCACAACUCCCCAACAUACAAAGACUCCCGAGCAUCCACAUCACACAAAGCGUCACGCCGGUCGAGGAGCACCCGCCUCAGAGGGUAGGGGAGGAGCACCCGCCCCAGAAGGUGGGUGAGAAUGAUAAUGAUAAUCAUCAGAGCGAAGUCAGGGGGUCCACAUAG